UGUUUCUCGCGCCGGCCGGUUCUCUAACCUAACUCUCCAACAUGCCUCAGACCGAGUUCUACUACUUCCCCAUCAAGGCUCUGGGCGAGCCAAUCCGCCUGCUGCUCGCGUACGGCGGCGAGGACUGGAAGGACAACAGGGUCACCCCCGAGGACUGGCCCAACUUCAAGCCCAAAACCCCAUUCGGUCAGAUGCCACUGAUGGUGGUCGAUGGCAAGCAGUACGCUCAGAGCAUCCCCCUGUCUCGCUACCUGGGCCGCAAGCACGGCCUGGCCGGAUCCAACAUCGAGGAGGACUUCCUUAUUGAUCAGAACGUGGAGUUCAUCAACGACAUCAGAUCCAAGGCGGCGGCAGCCCACUACGAGGCCGACGCGGCCCUCAAGGCCAAGAAGCAUGAGGACUUGUCCAAGAACGUGUACCCUGGCAUGUUGGCCAAGCUCGACCAGAUCCUCAAGGAGAACAACGGACACCUCGCACUUGGCAAGCUGACCUGGGGUGACUUCGUGUUUGCGGGCGUCUACGCGUACCUUAAGGCGAUGCUGCAGGCCCCCGACCUUGACGAGCGCUUCCCCGCCUUCAAGAAACUCGAGCAGACCGUCUACUCGCUCCCCAAGGUCAAGGCCUUCGCUGACGCCGCGCCCAAGACUGACUUUUAAAGCGAUC